AGAAAUUUCGUGGCAGAGGAUGAAUCACAAUGAUGUAAUUUACGACCUUGACCUUCUGUAAAAAUGUAAACAUUAGAUUAGAAUGAAUGAAGUUUUAAACUGGUUAUGCUGUUUGUAACACUGCCCCAGUAAAGACCACCAUUUAUGUUUGAACUGCUGUUUCUUUACCAAAAUCAAACAAUAAGCCAUAAAUUACAUGAUACCAAACCAGUUACAAGACAAUGAUACAUUUAUGUCCUUGGAGAUUAUGGACUUUAUUUUAGCUGAUAAUAGGAAACUGAAAAAGACUGUGAUAACACCAAAUACAGCAGAACAAAACUUGUUUACAGCCAUUGGCAGGGGAGACAUUGAUCAAGUUAAAACAUUGGUUCAAUCUGGUGUUAACCCACAAUGUCUAAUCGAAGGAUGGAAUCCAUUAACUGUAGCUUGUGAACUGAACAAAGAACACAUUUUAGAAUUUCUAAUUGAUCUACUCCAGAAAGAGGAGGAAGAAACCAGACAUUUAAAAGAGGAAAAACACAUAUGUCACACCCCUUUUAUAGAUGAUCAUAAUGGACAUGGUGACACACCAUUGACAUGUGCUGCUAGGAGGGGCCAUAUAAACAUUUGUGAAGCUCUACUAGAUGCAAAUGCAUUCAUUAAUGAAACCACAAGUAGUGUACAACAAACACCUCUACUACUAGCUAUAGAAAAUGACCAUACUGAGCUUGUAGAAUUUUUACUGUUGAAUGGUGCUGAUGUGCAGAUAGCUGAUAAUGUUAACAUUACACCACUGUAUGCAGCUAUCAAAGGACAAAAUGUGUACAUGGUUGAUAAACUGAUUCGGGCAGGGUGUGAUAUAAACAUAGGGAGUCAGGAUCAUGCUCCUAUCUUCUUAGCAGCAAGACUUGGAAGAUUGGAUAUUGUAAAGAUUCUGUCGCAAGCAGGAUGUGAUAUAAACAUUUCAAACAAGUAUGGAGUUACUCCCCUUUAUGAAUCUGUCCACAAAGGCCAUUUCUCUGUUAGUGAGUACCUUGUACAUAAAGGUUGUAACAAAGACAAGACAGAUAUAUAUGGUGUUUGUCCUUUACAUAUAGCCUCAAUGGCUGGAGAUCUAGAGACCGUCAAACUCUUAUUUACAGCUGGUGCUGAUCUGAGACUGAGAACACAGCAAGGUUUGACAGCAUUACAUCUUGCCAUGGAGAUGAACAGAUACCAGGUAGUAGAAUACUUCCUUACUAAAGGUGCUAAUAUACUGAGGAAGCCACAUAGUGAUAAUAGUCUUAAAAGCAUAGCAUCUGUGUUUGAAAGAAAGAAUAUAGAAACAGUAGAAGUAUUGUUGAGAUAUUGUCCAAAUCUUCCUCUACAUCACUAUCCUGGCCUGUCUGAUAUUUUUAGUGAGAAUGGUAAACUACUUAAACUGUUGUUCCUGUCUGGAAUUAAAACAAUGCCUGGUGUUCUGACUAUUCCCAGACUACAUCCAUUUUAUGUACAAGACAAAGACUUAUCACAGUGGCUCAAAGAUUACCAGAAAAAUCCGUCCUCACUCAAAUCUUUAUGUAGAACAAGUAUUAGAAGAAGUCUUGGCAAUACUCUUUUGCAUAAAAUUAAUUCUAUUAUACUACCAAAUAGUAUUAAGGACUACAUUUGUUUAAGAGAAAUUUGUUAGGCAUAUCAUAAACACAUUUUCUACAUGUAUCAUGGUGUUAUUACUUACAAUUUUCUGUUUUGUAAUAACUUCACGUUUCAAGACAAAUCUUUCAAAAAGCAGAUCUAAGGUCAUUUGGAGACAAAAUUCAGCUAAAUACUUAAAGUGGAAAUACUUUUUAUUGUAAAUGGAUGUGAAUUGACUUUAUUUAUAAAAAGACUGAGGAUUUUUUUAACCAAUUUACUCUGCUCUUCAGAUGGAACUACAGUCACAUUUAUCCAACUUUUCCUAGUACAUUUUAUAGUGGUUUUAAAAUGCAAUAUAAUCUAAUGUUUUCCUAAAAGCUACUUAUACCAAAUUCUGUGUUUGUGAUUCAACUUAUUAAGUAUAUUGCUAAUUGUGAUUACAAGAACACAAUUCUAUGGGGAGCGGCAAGAUUGCAAAAUAGUAAAACUUCAACGGAAAGUUUUAGUGCCAUUUGAUAUUCGAAAAUGAGCUUCUUGUACAACAGACAUAUUAACACAAGCACUUGUUGCUUUUGAUUUCACAAGACAUUUUAAAAUUUUUAUUUUUAGAAUAUUAGGACUUUUAAAAAGGUACAUAGCAUUAGAUGAACUGACUUUCAAAUAUUGAGCAAUAUUACCAAGUAGCAUCAUGAAUUUUUUUCAUCAAAAUAUUAUUGCUGUUUUCCUAUUUUUAUAUCAAUAUACCCGUAAGUAGUUUUUGAUAUUUUGUAUUUAUUUUUUGUAUCACAUUGGAUGUAUCAUUAACUUUUUGCAAGUUACAUAUCUGAAAUAUUUUUUCAAGUAACUAAAAUGUACUUAUAGUACUGUGGAUUCAUUAAUUUUUGUGGGUACCAAUUUUCGUGGUUUGAGGAAAACUUACAUAUUCGUGGAUAUUUUAUUUCGUGGUUUUGGCAAAGUCUACACUCAUACCUUUACAAAAUUUGUAUUUCGUGGAACAUUUGAAUUCGUGGUUCUCCUGUACCCACGAAAUCCAUGAAAAUUGGUAUCCAACAAAUAUUAAUGAAUCCACAGUAUUUGAUAUCGAUUCAAUUUGACGACACAGUAGACUAUUUUCAUAUUGCAGAAUUUUGACUUUUGAUUAUUCAACAGGUUACCUACUCUAAGAUAGCACAUCAUCGUACUUACUUAGCUUGGAGUAACCAAAUGAAGUUAAAUCUAACAUAUAAUUAGUGCCUACAAUGACAUGUGUACUUUAGUUUCAAUGUUUAGACUUCAACUUCAUCAAAAACAAACCUUGACCAAAAAUGGACCAAUGUAUGUACACAUAGACUGAAAAAUAAGGUCCUUAGGUUAAAUUUCCCCCAAAAAUUGAACCGAUGGGAAACCUGAUUUUACUUCUUGAUCAUACUUGACUGUGUAACAGGAUGUCCUACCAAACAGUAUGUAACCUGUUGAACUCUGGAGUCAAAAGACAGCAAAAUGAAAAUAGCCUAAUUAGUUUUUAGUCUUUCUUUUCAUAAUGGCAGGACAAUCUAUUUAGCCAUAUCAAAUUAAUGUGCAAUCAUAUUUCUAUUAGUUCAAAAUAUUUCUUUUUAUGCUGUAUGUAAGGUUUUAUUUUGUUAUUAUUUAUUGGUGUAGUUAUGUUAAAUAUUGUGUAAAUCUGUUACAUAUUAGUUAUCAAAGUUUCUAAAAUGUACUUGCUUAAGAUGUUUCAGUACACAAUGUAUGUGAUAAAUUUAUAUUUUACUUAAAGAACGUGUCUUCGUGAGUUUGUUAGUGUAUUUUGGUUAUGAAUGUUACAUGUAAUUUUCUGGUUAAACUUUUAUUCUGCUGGUUUGGAAUAAAUUUGGAAUAUUUUAA